AUGGCUUGCUUUACUGUCGGACGGCUGCUACCGUUCGUGGUGGUUAUAUCCGUGUUCGUCCUAGGAUGUCCGGCGCUACCCGUUGACGACGAAUGGGUCGAUCCGGAAAUGGAGUGCAGCAGGUUGAACGAAAGCUAUGACGCAUGUGGUAACGGUUGUGGUGAUUUGACCUGUCUGAAUGUGCGCAGAAACGAUGUCCAGUGCGGUCGCCAGUGCCAGGAGGGUUGCUUCUGCAACAGAGGCUACGUUCGCAGUCGCAGCGGUAGCUGCAUACCUUCGUACGCUUGUGCUACCUUCGGAUAG